GUAUCGCCUCAAGCUGGGCGUGCAGGUGAAGACUUUGCCCACCGUGGGCUUCAAUGUGGAGAAGUUGGAGUACAAGAACAUCGUCUUCACUGUUUGGGACCUCGGUGGCCAGACAAGAACCCGACAGAUCUGGCAGCACUACUAUCAGAGCACGGAUGGUCUGAUUUUUGUCAUCGACAGCAGCGACCGCGAGCGCAUUGAGGAAGCUCAUGAGGAGCUGAUGAGAAUGCUCCAGCGCGAGGAAAUGAAG